UUUUUAAAACUGCAUUUCCUCCUGCACUUCUUUAGCAUCCGCGCUCCAUCUGCAGUGAGAGCUGCCUCCCUGGAUUUAGAAAAGUGGCUGAAAGGGGAAGGCCCAGCUGCUGCUUCAAAUGUGUCCGGUGCCUGCCUGGCCAGAUCUCCAACCAAAUUGAUAUGGACCGCUGUGAGACAUGCAAAGAGGACUACUAUCCAAAUGAAGCCAGAAACAAGUGUGUUCCCAAAAACCUAAGUUUCCUGUCCUAUGACGAGCCCCUGGGGAUUGCUUUAGCUUCCUCUGCUCUUUCUUUCUCCCUCUUGGCUAUAUUUUUGCUCGGAACCUUUAUUAAACACCGAGACUCUCCCAUAGUCAAAGCCAACAACCGAGAUCUCAGCUACAUCCUCCUCUCCUCCCUAAUGCUCUGCUUCCUCUGCUCCUUGCUCUUCAUUGGCCGGCCAAGGAUGGAGACUUGCCUUCUCCGGCAGACAGCCUUUGGCCUCAUUUUCUCAGUCUCUCUUGCUACGGUCUUGGCCAAAACCAUCACUGUGGUUCUGGCCUUCAAUGCCACAAAGCCGGGGAACAGAAUGCGGAAAUGGCUGAGACCCAGAGCUGCCCAUGGCUUUGUGCUGCUCUGUUCUCUCAUCCAGGCUGGGAUCUGCGUGGUCUGGCUGGGAACCUCUCCCCCAUUCCCAGAUUUUGAUACCCGCUCGGAGCCUGGGUACAUUAUCCUUGAGUGCAACGAGGGCUCCGUCACUGCCUUCUACUGCAUCCUAGCUUACAUGGGUCUCUUGGCUUUGGUGAGCUUCACGGUGGCCUUCCUGGCCAGGAAGCUGCCUGACAGCUUCAAUGAAGCCAAGUUCAUCACCUUCAGUAUGCUGGUUUUCUGCAGCGUCUGGGCGUCCUUCAUCCCAAGCUACCUGAGCACCAAAGGGAAAUAUAUGGUGGCUGUGGAGAUCUUCUCUAUUUUGGCCUCCAGCGCUGGGUUACUAGGCUGCAUCUUCUUCCCCAAGUGUUAUAUUAUUCUGCUGCGGCCAGAUCAGAACAGCCGGGAGCAUUUCACUCGAAAAUUAAACUCUGGAGUCCAACAGCUUUAAAUUUGGAGACUGAAAUACUGCAUGUUGUGUGGUUGAUCGCCAGAAUUCGGAUAUCUGAAGAUUCGGAAAGCCAGUCUCUCUUCCUUUUUUAUCUCAUUAGCAAGUGUGUUUUCACUUGGUGACAUUUUCCUUGGCAACUGGCAUGGCCUUCUGCUCCAGCCAGAUAAGACCAAAAAGAGCACAUUGUCUGCAAAUAUUUCCACAGAUAAUAUAUGUGAGUGAAUCUGAAACUUUCUGAUUUGCUUUGAACUUUCAAGAGGCUGAUCCUUCACAGGAUCCUUAGUGUGAUAAACUUGCUCACAAGUUCAGCUUCAAAGCAGGAUAGAGAAAAGUUCAACCCUCACCCCAGGCACAAACUGUGUGUGGUGGCUGCCAAAAGCUUCUCCCUUAUUAACAGUAGUGGGG